CAAGGACCUUCCGCAUGCGGCAAGUCUCGCGGUCUGGGCCGCUAGUGCUCUCCGCAACCGUCGGUAUCCAACAAGACGCUAACCACGGUAACCACCACGCGUCAGAGCACACGGAUAUCUCGGCCCAUCACCGUCAGUGACUGGGAUGCAUUCUCUUCAAACCUACAGCCAACAGCACUGCCAAGUAUUUUGUCCUGCGGCGGCGAGAGAGUGCGAUGGUGCGAUCUGUGAAGGAUGAACCGAUGAAGGACAGUCUGGAGAGACUGUCCUCGAGAGGGCGAGGAGGACAAGCAGGCAAAUGAGCUCUGAGGGACAAGACAAAAGGAUAUAUAAGGCGUACGUCCCUCGAGCAAACCAGGACUUUUGGGCUCGCAGACAUCACUCUAUCACCGGUCCUCGGCACCUCCUAGAGUCCUUCAGCUCAUCUUUGUCUCCCACCUUCACCAGACCAACGACCGCCCAGCCAGAUCAUGAACCGCCUCGUGCUGGCGCUCCUGCCGGUUGCGUUUGCAGCUCCAGCUUUGCAGCUCGCCGCAGGAACGAAAGCCAUCAACGUUGUUCUUCAAAUCAAUAAGGCCACGUCUGAAGCCGCUAUUGACGUUUUGGAUGAGAACAAGUCCACUGUCUUUGCUCAUUCAUGCUCGCGUACCCUUGCGUCCGGUUCCUUUGCGAGCUCACCACUUGCCUUCACCGUCAAUGAGCAAGGUGCCGGCACCCUCAGCGUCGGCCCACAGACUUACACCAUCCAUGACCAAGUCGAAUACUCUGGAGGCAUCGUCUGUGGGCGUGUCGCCAGUCCUGGCGAGGUCGUUGUCAGCUGCCAGGUCCCCGUCCCAUCGUCUCUGCAGUUGCAUAGUCUGAACAAAAGGGACCUCCAAGAUUGUUUUCCUCAUGGCCCCGUCGAGCUCUCCAAGGUGGUGGAAGCAUUGGAAUCAGAAGGCGCUGUGACUUCAGCCAACGACACCGUCAGCUCCGUUACUGAGACACAAGAUGUUGCAGCGGAUGCUGCAGACAAACGCCAAUAUAACCCAUGCAGCAUCUGGAGCUCAGCAACAAUCAUGGUUGGCAACGGUAACCCACACCAGAAUCCACUCCACAUUCAACUCAGUGAGCCCAUGCAAUGCGGGCAAAGCAGCUGCGAAGUAGGAUACUCCCAAGCCCGUUCCUUCACCGUCGGCUGGACAGCGUCCCUCUCGGCCGCGCAGUGGAUCAGCGGUGGUUUCUCCGUUGAAUCGACGAUCGAGACGGGCAAUCAACACGUAUGCCACGGCCAGGCGCAUGAGUACUUCGCCAUAUGGAAGAAUCAGGCGCAAACAGCCUACACCGUCCAGAACGCCCUCUACAACGCCUGCACCGGCAUGCACCCGAGCGGAUCUCAUUUCGUCAUGUGGUCGCCCAACCGAGACAACCGCGGUGGAAACUACUACUGCGUCUACGGUCGGCAGUAUGUCCGUUGGAUUGGUGACCGAUGGCUCGACACGGCUCCGCAUACGCCAGGUGGUCCUCCUUAAGUCACACAUCAAGUCAGUGUUGGCGUGGGACUCCAUGUUGCGCUUCGAGCGCGUCAUGGCUCGCCAGCACCUGCCAGUUAGCACAGACGGCACCUUUGGUUUCACGCUGCGCUUCUCCUCCUCUGCAGUCCACCUCACCUUCUUCAUCUCGACUUGGGGAUUCAACAUCUCUGCCUUUGGACAUCUUUGGAUUAGUUAGCUACUUUAGUUGAAUGC